AUGUUACGUUUAAUUAUAUUCUUAUGUAUACUACAAUAUUCUAUUGGUUUAAAUAUUCGUGGUCGUGUUUUACUUGAUGAUGAUGAAAAUAAAAAUGUUAAAAUACCAAUUGGUAGUAUUCUUACUGUUUCGUUUCAAGACACAUCAAUACCUGAUAUACCAGGAAAAAUUAUAAAAGAGGUACAAAUUUCAAAUUUAACCGGUUUUCCAAUUAAUUAUGAAAUGGAAAUAGUGAAUUCUCCUCCACCAAUGUUUAUAUAUUCCAUAACAGCUCGAAUAACAAAUGGAAAAACUCUUUUAUUCAUAAAUAAUAUACGUACAAAUGUGCCAAUUAAAAGUCCUAGUCCGAUUACGGUUGACAUUUCAGUAAUAAAUGUUAAUCAAGGUGUACCAACUACUCCUCCUCAAGUUCCAUUCAAGGAUAUACAACAAUAUUCUUGGCCAGAAAUGCUUGGAAAAUACGGUGCAGAUGCUGUAAAUUAUAUUAAAAUGAAAACUGGUUUUACUAAAGUAUUUACUGUCCUCGAAGGUUCGCUAUUAACGACGGAUAUGCAAUCUGAUCGUGUACGUGUUGUUGUCAAUGAAAAUGGCAUUGUAACUCAAGUACCUUACAUCGGAUAA